CAGAAGACUAGUGAGAAUCAGAAAACACUUCUUCUGCAGAGAGGUGAGUGCAUGACAUCUCUGUUUUGUGUGAUUCAAAUAGUGAAGCAGAUGACUGUAACAUCUGAAAACCAGGUCAGGAGAGCGGGUCUUGGCCGGUGGUUUCAUUCAGCUUAACAUCGUCCUGAAGAGCUACACAUAGACAAAGACGUGAUGCACACUCCAGUGUCCAUGCUGAUGGGGGUGGUGUUUGCUCCCUUGGGCCUUGUGCUGGUGUUCACUGCAGCGAUCACGCCGCAGUGGAGGGAGGGACAGGCGCGGCUGGGUGUGGCUGGACGGGGUGGAGCCACGGAGCUCCUCCUUCUCCGUUCAGAUGGCCUGUGGGAGAGCUGCCUGCAGGUAGUGAACUCUGAAGUCAAAGAGUGCUGGCCUGUGUCUGGGUCCUACCAGCGGGAUGCUCGGGAUCGAAUGGUCCAGGGGAUGGUGCUGUCGUCUCUUUUCCUGUGCGGUGCGGGGAUUGUCUUUGCCAGCAUAGGUGUCCGCUGCUGGACCGAUAUCCCUCUUAGGAGUGUAGCGGCAGCUGGUGGCCUAUUGGUGGUGCUGGCAGGUGUGCUCAGUCUGGCUGCAUUAGGAGUGUACACUCAUAAUCUUUCGAAGCUGGGGAUCGAGGUGGAUUCAACCAUAUCAGAGACACAAGGACUCAACGUACACAAGCCACCACGACUAACGUUACAUCCGGCCGUGUCCCUCUAUUUCGGUUGGGUGGGAGCUUGGGUACAGGUGCUGGGAGGGGCCGCACUGCUCCUUGGGUUUAAAAGCAUGAAGUGUUCAUCCUCCCACAAGCAGAGAUUCAAAGACAGUGCAGAGAUGUAUGAAGUGAAUUGUUAGAUGAACCAAAGGUUUCCUAGAGACUAUCUGGUGUUUAAACACAUUGAGCUUGCACAUGACUCAUUGUAGUGCAGUGUUAGUGUUUUUCAAUUGGACAAAUAAGAUGUGGUAAACACAUGAUGUUUCUAAAGAGAAUUAUAUUAAAGGGGUCAUAUUAUGUUGCUAAAAAGAACAUAUGUGUAUUUGGUGUAAUGCAUUGUUGUUAUGCGGUUUAAGGUAAAAAAAAAAACAAAACAUUAUUUUCCAAGUACUGUACGUUAUUGCUGCUUCUAUAUGCCCUGCCUUUCUGAAACGUGUAGAUUUUUACAAAACUCAUCGUUCUGAAAAGCACAGUGUGCUCUGAUUGGCCAGUGAUCUAGUGCAUUGUGAUUGGCCGAAUACCUCAAACGUGUGACGGAAAUGUUAUGCCCCUCACCAGGUUCAGGAAACUUCCCUCUGUAAAAUUCAAGUAAAUGGUCUGUGCUUACCCGAAUAUUUGGGUUGUACUGUUCUGGAACAGAUUUGUAAAUAAAACUUAAUGGGGCGCUAUUAUGCUUUUUAACUUUUCAUUAGUUUGUAAUGUUGCUGUUUAAGCGUAGAAAUGAUCUGCAAAGUUACAAAACUCAAAGUCCAACGGAAAUAUUUUAUUUAACAGAAAUCACUUUUCAAAAACUACAACGAACAACUUGUUUGGACUGCAACAUAUUUUUUGGGGAUUAGUGAUAUCACAGAUAUGGACGAAUGGGACGGGACUUUGAUAAACUGCACUAGAGAAGGCAACGAGUGUUAUCAUUUUGUAAUACUAGACACGCUAGAGGUUAUAGUGGUUACAAAAAUCUGGGUUAAAAUCGUGCUAAAAUUUAUUUGAUUUUGAAGCAAUAUUUACACUGAAGAUCGCAGAAGGUAAGGGGCAUGUAAUUUCCCGACCAGGCAUAGAGUGGAGCCAAUCACAACACACACUGGCCCAGCUAACCAAUCACAGCACAUUUAAUAUUUCAGAAGGCGGGCCUUCAUUUGAGACAGCAACUAUUCGAGCCGUUCAUGCCAAAGUCGGGAGAGAGUUGUUGUAAUAAUGUAAAAAUAAUGUGUUUUUCGAACAACCUAGUAUAAGAACCUGUUCUAGUACACCCCCAAAAUAAAAUCAAGACCUUGUAAAAGAGCAUAAUAGGUGCCCUUUAACCACUAAUUUGUAGAUGUGACCUCUUUUGGAAGGCCAAAGUGGCUUUCACAACGAAACACAGUGUCUCCAUGACAUGACGGUGGCUGCAACAACACUACAGAAAAAUUAUUAAAUGUACAGCGAGAACAAAAGUUACGCCUUCAUUCUUUGCAUGAAUUUGCUUGAAUCUUUAUUUGAUAUAUAGAUAUUAUAUAUCGGCGCAUUCACUUUUAUAAAGAAUAUCUCUUUGGUUUGAGACUUUAAUCUUUGCGACUGUAAGGAUUUUCUGUGUGCACAAACAGCUUUUAACACUUCAAAGACAAAGGAUAUGAUAUCGCAUCAUAUGACCCCUUUAAAAUAUGUAUGGAACCACUAACAGAAACAUUCAUUCCUGCUCACACCAAGAACUAUUAGCAAUCACCCAGUAGCCUAGUUAUUGUCCUUGGU